AUGUUAGUCUGCCGAGAGCAACACAAUGAUCAGAUCCUCGGAGCGUUGAUAACAUAUACAAAUGAAACAACUGCAGUUGUCGGACAGUGGCGGAGGAACUUUACGAAGUUGAUCAAAUACGUCGUUGCCGCUAGUAGCGUGCUGCAUUGGGCAGAGCACAAUACAGACACUACAGACCUCUGGAUCACCAUCUGCUGGCAUACGAUAUGA